AUGGCCGAGCCAAAGCAAUAUGCUGGCCAUCACCACUCAUCGUCGGCCGGCCAUUCUAUCCGCUCGCCGCUAAAGUCGAAGAUUAUUCGGUCGCAGAAGAUUGCAACUGUCACAUCGCCAACGGAACCACCGCGGCGACAUGACUACAGUGCUCACUUGGCCGACGACGACGACGACGACGACGACGACGAUGACGAUGACGACGAUGACGAUGACGAUGACGAUGACGACGAUGAAGAAGAUGACGAUGACGACGAUGAAGAGGAGGAGGAAGCCAUGGACCGCGCCCCGCCACUCACCCGUUCCCACACCCCAGGGCAUCUCGCGACCAAAUCCUACGAUCGCCGCGGCAAACCGUCAGAGCUGUCAAUCCGCAACCGCUCUCAAUCCGCAUCAUCCCUAUCUGCAUCUCAUACACCUGCGCUGCCGACUUCGGCCUCGAGCAAAGUGUCACUGUUGUCCGCAAACACUCUGUACUCGAACGCGCCGGCAACUACACCUACCCCGACAUCCGCCCGCUCCCACCUCCAACUCAACACUAAAACCAGCACCGAAGCCGACAGGGAAGGGAUGGCAGCAGCGCGCAGAACGCCCGGCCUUCGUUCCACAUCUGCCAUAGCAUCAAAACCCGGAGCCGGCCCUUCAACCGCCCAGACGCCUAUAUCUGCCCCAACGAGCGCUAACGCUACCUCCGUAGCCUCGAACGUACACAAGCCAUCUUCAACACGCACAUCACGGUCCGGCCCGCGCCAGUCCCAUCAUAACAACCAACACCAUGCCCACAUUCCUUUCCCGCCACUGAUCGAUCCACGUACGGCACCCGAUGUACCCCCCGCGCCAUCCUCGGGCAUGUACUGGUCGCGUGCCCCCGUGAGUGGGGUGCGGCACACGGCACUGCGCGCACACACAACCACCAUGAUUGGUAGCAACGUUUUUGUGUUUGGCGGCUGCGACAGUCGUGCCUGCUUCAACCAACUCUACGUACUCGACGCCGACUCGUUCUACUGGUCUACACCCCAUGUUGUCGGUGAUGUACCUGUACCGCUACGCGCCAUGACGUGCACAGCCGUCGGGAAGAAGCUCGUGAUAUUCGGGGGUGGUGAUGGCCCCGCUUACUACAAUGAUGUCUACGUCCUGGACACGGUCAACUUCCGCUGGAGCCGGCCGCGGAUAGUGGGGGACAAGGUCCCCAGCAAGAGGAGGGCACAUACGGCGUGCUUGUACAAGAACGGGAUUUAUGUGUUUGGCGGUGGCGAUGGCGUCAGGGCGCUCAAUGACAUAUGGAGGCUAGACGUCAGCGACAUGAGCAAGAUGUCAUGGAAACUUGUCAGCGGGCCGAGCGACGACACCGCUGUGGGAGCGGCCCCCGGUACCAAGGGGAAGAAGGACUUGCGGCCCAAAGCUCGAGGCUACCACACGGCCAACAUGGUGGGCAGCAAGCUGAUUAUCUUUGGUGGGUCGGACGGAGGAGAGUGCUUCAACGACGUGUGGGUUUGGGACGUGGAUACGGCGCUGUGGCAGUCUGUUAGCAUCCCUCAGGCGCACCGACGUCUCAGCCACACGUCGACCAUCGUGGGCAGCUUCCUGUUCGUGGUGGGCGGGCACGAUGGCAACGAGUACAGCAAUGACGUGCUGCUCCUAAACCUUGUGACCAUGACAUGGGACCGCCGGCGCGUGUACGGCCUUCCUCCCAGCGGGAGGGGGUACCACGGCACAGUGCUGCACGACUCGCGGUUGCUAGUAAUCGGCGGCUUCGACGGCAGCGAGGUUUUUGGUGAGGUGUGGAUGCUGGAGCUGGCCGUGCAUGCAUACUACUCGCAGAUCAGUCACUUUAGCAUCGUAGUCUGA